CGGCAGCUUCUGUGUAAGACGUCUUUUAAUUCUUAAAAUUUAAUACGUAUCGCGUUGACGCUUGAGCGAGCGUAUAGCUCGUCGUGGUUUACGAUUUUCCACUCCAAGAUCUAGUUGACUCUACAGCAUUGUACUAAAAGAUCGAUUUGUACAGCAUAUGUGAAAAUUUUAGUUAUGUCUGGGCGCUCGCUGUCCUUUCAUUUACCAAAUCAUGAUAGCCAACAAGUGGAUCUCGUAUUUGUUGUUGACUGCACUGGUUCCAUGCAUUCGUAUAUCCAUCGCAUAAAAAAUAGAAUUAUUUAUAUAGCCAACAGCAUUAAGAGGUUUGCAUUUAAUGUUCGUCUUGCUUUGGUUGAAUAUCGUGACCAUCCUCCAGAGGAUGAAACUUUCGUUUCUAGAGUUCACGGUUUUACUUCCUACAAUGAACAACAAGUGACAGCAUGGGUAGAGGGUAUGGCUGCUGCUGGUGGAGGUGAUUUACCUGAUGCUGUUACAGCUGGCCUUUAUGCGGCUCUCAAUCUUAGCUUCAGGAACGUGGCAACCAAGAUUUGUUUCUGGAUAGGAGAUGCACCUCCUCAUGGCUUGCUUCCAGAGGGGGAUAAUUUUCCUCAAGGUGACCCAGAUGGUCAUGAUCCUGUUCAAAUAUGUCAUGAAAUGGCGAGAAGAGGGAUAAUCUUGUAUUGUGUAGGAUGCGAACCUUCAUUGGUCCCAUACAGAGAAUUCUUUAUGGCAUUGAGUCACAUAACCGGUGGACAAUACAUACCCCUUCGAAGGGCGAGACUUCUCCCACAGAUUAUUGUUAAUGCUACUCAAGAAGAAGUUGAGAACGAAAAUCUCAUGGGACAUGUUAUCGAUCACUUACACUUGGAAUUUGCACGCCCUUCAGGCGCGACUAUUGCGCAACUCGCAGCGAGCUUACACACGGCGAUGUCAUCGAACAACAAUCUCACUAGACGGGUACGUUUAAACGGUCGAGAUGUAGACGAAGUGACGCCAUUGGCUAGGCAGAUGUCGUACAUGCGCACAUUGCCGCAACUUGCUCAGGCAAUGCACCUCCAGCUUUCUGAAGCGAUGCCACCUCGUCGUAAUGAACUUGAAGUAAUAACGACCGUUGAUAUAACAUCUUUGGUCGUCGUCCCCGAAAGAACUUGUGAGAGAUUAGCGCGAAGGUCAAUGGCAAGGUUGGAUUUGGAAGCUCGUGAAAAUGAAGAUGUUGAAAUGGAAGUAAAUGAUGUGCAAAUUGACAUUACCGUUUGACGUCUCCUAUCGAACGUACAAGAUUUUAAUUUUUUUAUUGAAGUAGGCAGGAGGGGAGUGUUUCAUAGAAACAAUAAAUAGUUUUAGUUUCCAUGCGAUAUUUAACAUUUUUCUUACGAUGACAGGGAAAGUAAAGUAUUCACUUUUGAAUUGUCUUUGAUGGAUAUGAACAUUGUCCAUUAACAGAAGUGUAAGACGUUGUCCUUAGCUUCACAAACGAUGGUCAUAUUUUUCACCAAAGCAAAAUGUAUCGUACUGUAUCUUUAAUGCAUCUUCAUACGAAUAGAAACUAUAUCUUUACAAAGUCUAGCAAAACAGACUAUAACUAGAAAUAUACUUUUAGAUAUUUGA